UUCAGCUAUGUUGCUAAAGCACUAAGUGGAAUUUUUAUGAAAAUAUCCAACACUCAAAUAGAAAGGAGAUUUGAAAUAUCCUCUUCUCUUGCUGGUUUAAUUGAUGGAAGCUUCGAAAUCGGAAGUUUGUUUGUGAUUGUAUUUGUAAGUUACUUUGGAUCUAAACUACACAGACCGAAGUUAAUUGGAAUUGGUUGUUUCCUUAUGGGAACUGGAAGUAUUAUGAUGGCUUUACCACAUUUCUUCAUGGGAUAUUACAGGUAUUCUAAAGAAACCAAUAUUGAUACAUCAGAAAAUUCAACAUCAAACUUACCAAACUGUUUAAGUAAUCAAAUGUUAUCACUCAAUAGAACACCACCUGAGAUAGUAGAAAGAGGUUGUGUGAAGGAAUCUGGGUCACACAUGUGGAUGUAUGUCUUCAUGGGUAAUAUGCUUCGUGGCAUAGGGGAAUCCCCCAUAGUACCAUUGGGGAUUUCUUACAUUGAUGAUUUCUCAAAAGAAGGACGUUCUUCCUUGUACAUUGGUACUGUGAAUGCAAUGGGAAUGAUUGGUCUAGUUUUUGGCUUUAUGCUGGGAUCUCUGUUUGCUAAAAUGUAUGUGGAUAUCGGAUAUGUGGAUCUGAGCACUAUCAGGAUAACUCCUAAGGACUCUCGUUGGGUUGGAGCUUGGUGGCUUGGUUUCCUUGUGUCUGGAAUAUUAUCCAUUAUUUCUUCUAUACCAUUCUUUUUCCUGCUCCCAAAUCCAAAUAAACCACAGAAAGAAAGGAAAGUUUCACUAUUUUUGCAUGUGCUAAAAACAAAUGAUAAAAGGAAUCAAAUAGCUAAUUUGACCAACCGAGGAAAAAACAUUACCAAAAAUGUGACUGGUUUUUUCCAGGCUUUGAAAAGCAUCCUUACCAAUCCCCUGUAUGUUAUAUUUGUAAUUUUUACAUUGUUACACAUGAGCAGCUACAUUGCUUCUAUUACUUAUAUCAUUAAAAUCAUGGAGCAACAGUAUGGUCGGUCUGCAUCUGAGACUAACUUUUUGUUGGGAAUCCUAGCCCUACCUGCUAUUGCAAUCGGCAUGUUUUCAGGAGGAUAUAUCAUUAAAAAAUUCAAAUUGUCUUUAGUUGGACUUGCCAAAUUGGGAUUUUGUUCUGCAACAGUGCAUCUCUUAUCUGAAGUUUUAUAUUUCUUUAUAAUCUGCGAAAGCAAAUCAGUUGCCGGCCUAACCUUGACCUAUGAUGGAAAUAGUCCAGUAAGAUCUCAUGUAGAUGUACCACUUUCUUAUUGCAACUCAGAGUGCAAUUGUGAUGAAAGUCAGUGGGAACCAGUCUGUGGAAACAAUGGAAUAACUUACAUCUCACCUUGUCUAGCGGGUUGCAAAUCUUCAAGUGGUAAUAAGGAGCCCAUAGUGUUUUAUAACUGUAGCUGUGUGGAAGUAACUAGUCUCCAGAACAGAAAUUACUCAGCUCACCUGGGUGAAUGCCCAAGAGAUGAUGCUUGUACAAGGAAAUUUUAUAUUUAUUUUGCAAUUAAAGUCUUAGAUUCUUUCCUCUGUGCAAUCGGACUUAUCUCAUAUUCUGUGCUGGUGAUUAAGAUUGUUCAACCUGAAUUGAAAGCACUUGCAAUCGGCUUCCAUUCAAUGAUUUUGCGAUCACUAGGAGGUAUUCUAGUUCCAGUAUAUUUUGGGGCUCUGAUUGAUACAACGUGUAUGAAGUGGUCCACCAACAGCUGUGGAGCACGAGGGGCUUGUAGGAUAUAUAAUUCCACAUUUUUGGGAAGAGCCUUCUUCGGCUUGAAGGUAGCCCUAGUGUUCCCAAUACUUGUUUUACUUACUGUAUUUAUUUUUGUUGUAAAGAAAAAAUUCCGUGGAAAGGAUACCAGAGUAUCAGAAAAUGAAAGACAAGUAAUGGAUGAAGCAAACUUAGAAUUCUUAAAUAACAGUGAACGUUUUGCACCAUCUACUGAAGAAUAG